UGCCGGCGCCGAAAGACAGAAGACUACACGUGAUAGGGGAAAGGUGAGUGUGAGUGUGAGUGUCGCUCCCCAUAAACUCGGGUGGAACAGAUCAUGGCUCAGAACCUAAAGGAUUUUGCUGGGCGCCUGCCCGCCGGGCCCCGCGGAAUGGGUACUGCUGUGAAGCUGCUGCUGGGGGCUGGAGCUGUGGCAUACGCAGUCAAAGAGUCCGUAUUUACAGUGGAAGGAGGUCACAGAGCUAUUUUCUUCAACCGUAUCGGGGGUGUGCAGCAAGAUACAAUUCUCGCAGAAGGGCUUCAUUUCAGGUUUCCCUGGUUUCAGUACCCAAUUAUUUACGACAUUCGUGCAAGGCCAAGAAAAAUCUCAUCUCCAACUGGGUCCAAAGAUCUACAGAUGGUAAAUAUCACUCUGCGUGUCCUGUCCCGGCCCUUGGCCUCAGAACUCCCCUUUAUGUAUCAGCGGCUCGGUUUGGAUUAUGAUGAGAGAGUGUUGCCAUCCAUUGUUAAUGAAGUGCUGAAGAGCGUGGUGGCCAAGUUCAACGCGUCUCAGCUCAUAACACAGCGAGCACAGGUCUCCCUAUUGAUUCGGCGGGAGCUUACGGAGAGAGCCAAGGAUUUCAGCAUCAUCCUGGACGACGUUGCUAUUACUGAACUGAGCUUCAGCAGAGAGUACACUGCCGCCGUCGAGUCCAAGCAAGUUGCCCAGCAAGAGGCCCAGAGAGCUCAGUUUUUGGUGGAAAAGGCCAAACAGGACCAAAAGCAGAAAAUCGUACAAGCAGAGGGAGAGGCAGCGGCAGCCAAAAUGAUUGGUGAUGCCCUCAGUAAAAAUCCUGGUUAUUUGAAGCUUCGUCGGAUCAGAGCAGCUCAGAGCAUUGCAAAGACUAUCGCAUCCUCGCAGAACCGCGUGUAUCUGAACGCCGACAGUUUGGUGCUGAACCUUCAGGAUGACACAUUUACCAGAGGAAGUGACAGCCUUGUGGCCAAACAAACAAAGAAGUGAGCAGUGAAGACUGAUGAGAUUCUUGUACUUCUGUUGCAGAUACUUCCCCAGCCCCUUGUUCCCUUCCCUGUUUGACUGCCCCCCUCUGUGACAUUUCCCUGUAUGUCAUGUCUCUCUGGGAUUGGCUAAAGAGAUCUUUAUAUAAAAUAACAUUAACUCUGAA